AUGGGAUCAGCGAUUGAAAUUGGAAUCAAAAUUAGGAAACUUGUUUUCAUUUCAAUCAGAAGGGUUUAUAGAUCAGCUUGCCAUCAUCCAUUUCUUCUGGGAUUCUUAGGUUUCUUGCUUUUUUUGUAUAGAUAUUUUCCUUUUCUGUUUUCUUUUUUGGUUUCUGCAUCUCCUGUUUUGGUUUGUACUGCUCUUCUACUUGGAACCCUUCUCAGUUUCGGGCAGCCGAAUCUACCUGAGUUUGAAGAAAAGGAAGAGAGAGUUACUCAUGGUAUUUCGUCUUUUCAAACUGGGUUUUCGGAGGGUGAAACUGUUGUUUCUGAUAGAGAUGAGAGCUAUUUUGUGAAAGGAUAUUCAGAACUUAGGAGUGAUGUUGAAGAGAGUGGCAUUGGUGAAGCAAGUGUGGCGGGUGAGAAAGAUGAUAGAACUGAGAAGGAUCGUGGUUUGCUUUAUGAGUCCGCGCUGGAUCACGAUAACUUGUUGGAUGUUCAGCCUGAGAAUCAAGUAAAAGAGGAUGUCGAAAGGGGAUUCCGUAGUUUUGAGUUGGGGAAGAGCAAUGAAGUUCGUGAUGGGAACCUCACGUCUGAAGUUGUUUCGAGUGAUGAUGAAGCUAUUGAGAAACAGUAUGUGAUGGUUCAAAAAGAAGAUGACGAUGUUUUUGAAUUUGAGAAUGGGAAAGUUCCGGGAGGCGAGUUUGUUUCUUUUAAGGAAGGUGAUGCGGAUUGUUCGCCCAGUUCAUCUUGGAAACAGGUGGAGAACAACUCUGAUGAGGACGACGAUUCUGAGGAUUCAGGGUCUGAUGGGGCAGAGAGUUCUUCGCCAGAUGCUUCCAUGGCUGAUAUCAUUCCGAUGCUUGAUGAGCUCCACCCACUUUUAGACUUAGAUGCCCCACAACCUGCUCAUUUGUCCCGUGAUGGUUCUGAUGCUGCAUCUGAGAAAUCUCAGAAAAGUAGUGAUCAUGAUGAUGAUGAUGAUGAUGAUGAUGAUGAUGAUGAUCACAGUGUUGAAUCGGAUGAUGAUCACAGUGUUGAAUCAGAUGAAGAAGUUGAAAAACAUGGUGAAGCAGAAGAUGGUGUUGACGAAGAGGAAGAAGAAAUGGAGGGUGGCAAAGAGGAUGAAAGUAAAUCUGCUAUCAAGUGGACAGAGGACGACCAAAAGAAUCUUAUGGAUCUGGGAACUUUGGAGCUUGAAAGGAACCGACGGUUGGAGAAUCUUAUUGCCAGGAGAAUGGCAAGGAGAUUGAUGACUGAAAAGAAUCUAAUAGACUUAGAUAGUGCCGAUAUUCCUUAUAAUGUUGCGCCUAUUUCUGUUAGACGCAACCCUUUUGAUUUCCCUGAUGAAUCCUAUGCUACCAUGGGACUACCUCCCAUUCCUGGAUCCGCUCCAUCAAUUCUACAGCCUAGACGAAACCCUUUUGACAUUCCGUAUGACCCAAAUGAAGAAAAACCUGAUCUUAAACGGGAUAGUUUUCAACAAGAGUUCACACAUUUUAACCAAAAAGAUGCAGUAUUUCGGAGGCAUGAAAGUUUCAACGUAGGACCAUCAGUAUUUGGGAUAUCCAAGCAAGAGAGGCAUGAUCUUAGUUGGAAGCCUGUCUUUAUAUCUGAAAGGAUGGCUACAGAGGGUACAAGCUAUUUCCAGAGGCAAUCUAGUGAAGUAAGUGAUUCAAAGUUGAGUUCUGUUCCAGAUACUGAAUCAGUGAGUUCAGGUGAUCAGGACGAAAGGAAACUGAGUGAACCAGACUUGUCUCCAGAGGCUGAAUUAACAUCUAACAUGGAUCACUUUUUUAACGAGACUGGUCAUGGAAGCGCAUCCUCUGAAGAAAAUGAAUCCGUGGAGAUGAUACAAGCUGAAGAGAGCAAUGUUUUCCAUGAAGAAAAUGAAAUAGUGCUCGGUGGGGUGGAAGAUCCCUCUGAGAUGGAAUUUCAUCCUGUAACAGGAGAGGUUGAAACCGAUGAGCAAUUCUAUGAUGGAGAAACACGUUUGAGAAGAGAACCGAGUGUUGAGGUGAGCAGCAGCAGAUCAAGCCAGUCUUCCCGAUCAGAAGUGAUUGACGACAUAUCUGAUGAUUAUUCAGAAAAAACUGCAGAUUUGCAGCAUGAAGAUGAUCACGUCCCAGAAUCGAGAAUUUCAACCCAAAUUUCAGUAGAGGAAUCGAGAAUUUCAACCCAAUCUUCAGUGGAGGCAUCGAGAAUUUCAACCCAGACUUCAGUGGAGGAAUCAAACUUCCAGCAUAUAAGUCGUGAGGUGGAAGACACCGUACUAGUAGAACCAGUUUAUGAUUCUAGUCCACCCGCAGCAGAAAAGCUCAUAUCUUUUUCUUCCGUGUCUUCUGAUUCAGCAGCAGAGAUUUCUGAGACAGUACUGCCUCCUGUUUCAGUCGAUACUACUGCUGCUGUGGCUGAUAAAGAAUCCGAGGCACAUGACAGACUGGAUAAUAAUUCUUCUGGUCAUGAGAAAACUCAAGCAGCCUCUUCUGAACUGCAUGCGGAAGUCGAACAUGAAAUGAGGUCCGAGAAAUCUGAAGAUAUAGAUCAGCACAAUGUUGCUGCAGAGGAGUCAUCUGCAGUUAUACAAAAUUCUGCUGAUCAAAAUGGUUCAACAGUGGCUGAGUUUGUGGAUUCAAAAUUUUCUUCGGAUCUUGGAUCAGAAAAGGGUGUAACUGAUUCAGGCAUGGUUCGUGAACAGAAUAUAGAAAACAUAUUUUCUAAUUCUGAAAUGCUUCGUCAAGACAGUUUAGAAUCUCUAGAUUCAAACUAUCAACUGGCUUCUUCUGAAAAGUUACAUCCUAUAAAUAAUGAGUCUGCGGAGGAAGAUGCACUGCUGAAUGAAAUAUCAAGACAAGAUAAUGAAGUUAUGUCUGUUCCAGUCCAAGACGGCAAUGAAGUUCUGGAUUCGGUGGCUUCUGAUGCCCACCAUAUACCUUCUAAUAAUUCAUCUAUGCAUGAGGCAGGGGAUUCACAGUUCUCACUGGUAGAAACGGAGCAUUUAGAGAAAAAUUGGUCAAAUGAGGAACACAUACUUCCAAUUGAACAAGUUAAUGUCUUUUUGUCAAGUUCAGUGGAGCAAGGUAACACGGAUAUCCACCAAGAUUUGGAUAACAAUAUGGUUUCUUUCACUUCUGAUAGCCAACAUGAAGUUGUUGUCAAGUCUCCCCCCGACUUGGAGUAUCAUCUGUCAAGCUCUGAUAAAUUGGUGGAUGCACAAUCUUCCAUUGAUCAUGAUGAAAAUCAAAGUUCCGAUGAUAUUAAGGUAGAACCUUCACUAGAUACUGACACUUCAAAUUAUGGUGUUGGAGAAUCGCACGACGACUUAGAUGCAACUUCUGUUUUUGUGUCUUCUGCAACUUCUGUUAAUUCUGAUACACCUGAAUUCCGUUCACCCACUAGCGAAGCGCAUUUGGAAGUUUAUAAGCAACGCGGGGAAAUUGCAAAUGAAGACCAAAAUGAAGCUCAACAGAACUUAGUUCCUUCGGCAGAGGGCUUCAUGUCUCCGAACAAUGAAGAAAAUAUCAAUGAAUUUGAUUAUAUGAAUGAAAUUGAUGAGGAAUUCUUGUCAGAAUUGGACACCGUUGGGGAUUUUAGUGUCGGUGAUGCUGAUGUAUUGCAUCAUACUGAAACUGUACAUGAUGAAACUAGAGAUGCUCAACAUAGUUCACUGCCGGAGGAUGUAAAGACAGCAGAGGUUGAGCAGGUCAAUGACAUACCAGUUCUUGAAGCAAGAUCGCUUGAAGAUAUUGACAUAGCUUUUAAGCAACUUCAAGAAGGAGUUGAUGUUAAUGAUGUCAUCCUGCCAAGUAUGAUAAAAGAUCAGCUUGGUAGUGAAGAAUGUAAAGAUCGUGUUGAAGUAAAUUCAGACCUUCAAGUUAUUGAAGCCAGAUCCCUGGAAGAUAUCGAUGUUGCUAUAGAAGAAAUCUCCAAAGGUAAUCAAGGGGAGCUUCCAGAAAAAUUGGAUGCAGAAGAGGCUUCAAUCAAAAUAGAAGCAAAUGAAGUUGGCUCGGCAAAGUUGAAUGAGCAGAAAACGGAUGUAUCAACCAACACUGAAGAAAUGAGCUGA